AUGGUCUGGCUGCCGUGGAACGCAGGCCGAGCCCUCUGUGGCUUGCCAGCAGCGACCGAGAAAGUACCAGCCCAGCCGCAGCUCACGCAGGAUCCGAAGUCGCUUGUGCAUUACAAGACGCCAGGCGUUGCACCUCCCUCUGCGCGCGUCGAUCAUGGCCUUCGAGAGCUGGAGCGCCCCCGCCUCAGCAUAUGGCAGUGGUGGAGGUACCCAGCCCUAGUGGCGUACAAGACUACCGAGUUGGCGCAGGAGAUGGUGCACUAUACGCUGUGGGGGCCGCGCAAGCCGUCGUGGGGCAUCGAGAUGACGCUCAUCAACGCGCUUAUGCGGGGCGCGGCGCAACAUAGUGCGCUGGUGGACAUCGGCGCUAUCCGUAUGGUCUUGAGCCUCGCUGGGAUGGUCCCAAUACCGUCCGACGCGAUCGUGACGCCUGUCAGCUUCCGCGUCAGGCGGCGAGGCCUCCGUGGAAUGCUCGCCGAGUUCGACGUCCUCGAGGACGGCUCCCGUACAUUGUACGGAGAAUGGGUCGUCGGACGGCGAACAUGGCAACGAUUGCAGACCGAAUGGCACGCUGCACGGACAUCCGAGAAAGCGGGUGGCGCAGCACCCUCGAAGCAGAAGAAAGAGACUGUAAUACUGUAUAUCCACGGAGGUGCAUACUAUCUCUCUAGCGCUGCUGGGCAGCGCCUAAUCUCCAUACCCCUUUCGAAGUAUACCGAUUGUCGGGUGUUCGCCAUCGACUACAGGCUAGCACCAGAAACCAAGUUUCCUGGCCCCCUUCAUGACGUUGUCUCCGCGUACUUGCGAUUGGUCGAGGACCUACAAAUCCCUGCAGCCAAUAUUGUCAUCGCUGGAGACAGCGCCGGUGGCGGCCUUACGACGGCACUUCUGCUCUACUUGCGUGACAAUGACUACCCUCUUCCUUCUGGCGCUAUCCUCAUGUCGCCUUGGGUCGACUUGACGAUGAGCUGUGAAUCAUGGGAAACGAAUGCUGUAUACGACGUUGUACCGAUGCCCGAUCGCGAAUCGCACAUGCACCCCGUCGCUUUGUACCUCGGCGAGAACAUUGAGCGUUAUGUCACUCAUCCGUAUGCCAGUCCGCUAUUCGGCGACUUUCAUGGCAUACCACCGCUUCUCAUCCAAGCUGGCGAUUCAGAGGUCCUCCGCGAUGAGAUCACCCUCCUCGCGCACAAAGCUACCCUCGCCGGCGUCAAGGUUCGGCACGAGCUUUACGAGGACGCCGUCCAUAUCUUCCAGACCUAUCCCUUCCUCGAAUCCGCCCACCGCGCCUUCCUCUCCAUGCGUGAGUUCGUCCGCAACGCAGCGCCCGACAGCGAGAAGGGCACUAUUGCGGAAAGCGCCGAGAGGGAGCUGGAGCGCGAGAUGGAGACGAAGGAAACGGCGGUAGUUAGUGGGGAUGGAGUGGAGGAGACGAGGGGUGUGGCUGGGUUGGAGGCCGAGGAAGCGGUGGUGCCCAGUGAAAGCGAGGAUGAUAGGAGCAGCUGGAGGAGGAGCGAUACGCGGUGGUUGGCGGCACCGGAGAGUGAUGAGGAGGGUGAGGAGGAGCCACCGGUCGUACACAUCUCCCGAAAGGACAAGGGCAAGGACAAGGCGAAGAACGAAUGGGUGGAGGAGACCCGGGAGAUCUCGCCCGAGGAGGAAAGGACACCGACGACCCCGCCUCGUCGUCGUCGGGCGGAGACGCUGUCCAAUGGUCAUCUGCGCCGGCUGCAGGGUGCCUUCGCACAUAUGUUCCCUCAACACAACUCGCCACCGCCUGCUCGGCCGUGCUUCUCGAGAGUCAAGUCAUCGUACUCGGCGCUGCCCAAGCGACCUGGGAUGCCUGCAUUUACGGUCGCAGACCACGAGCGCACGGAAGCGCAUCACAUCUCGCGACCUUCAUCGCGGUUAUCGAAUGCUUCGCCGACGUCUUCGCCAACCAUGCCUUCACCUUCUAUACGGCGGAAGAAGGCGAAUUCGAUGUCUGCGAGCCACCCAGAUAUCGCGUCACUGGUAAACAGCUGGAGACAUGACGGGCCAGCGAACGAGACGCUCAUGUUCCAGCCGAUGGGCAGGUGA